AUGUUAAAUGAUGCAAAUCCAUAUGUUAAAACAUUUCGCCAAGCAAGUAAUAUAUUGAGAUCGAAUCAAUUAUUAGAUAUGAAAAUGGAAAUUGAACAAAUAGAAUAUGAUAUUGUGCUAUAUCUGUAUAAAGAAGAGUUGAACUGA